GUACAUAAAAGUCAAUACAUUUCAUCCUUGACAGAGUAGUUUGAAGCAAAAAUUUAGUCUUUGUUCCGUAAAAAAACCGAAUUAAAGAUGACGGUGAAUUUAGAAGAAUACUUUAGAACUACAUUUGAGGAUAAACUCCUCGUCAAGAUGCCUGAGCGGGAGGAUGACCACCUCACCCCUGCAACACGGCUUCUUGAAAAGAGGAGGGAGAUGUCUGAAGUAGAACAGGCCUUGGCUGCACAGAAGGAGGAGUUCCAAAUGAAAAUGGAAAGUUUGCAACAGAGGCGAGAAGAGUUGGAGAGAAAAGAAUACCAGCUAAAAGAAUCCUUGCUGAAGUUUGAUAAAUUCUUGAAAGAGAAUGAUUCCAAGAGAGCUCGGGCAAUCAAGAAGGCAAAUGAUGAAAAAGAUUUAAAGAAGACCAAAGACAAAGAAAUUGACAGGUUAAAGGAUGAAAUUGGAGUGCUAGUCAGGGAAAAAGAUCGACUCCAGAAAAAAUUGGAGAAGAAUGUCAUAUAUCAAAAAUACCUGGACAAAGUCAUUGAAUCAGCAGAGGAGUUUCAUGAGAUUAGGGAAGUGAUUGCUCGGUACGACACCUUGACAGCUACUCACAUUGAUCUCAUGGAACGGGAACAGAAGAACCAAGGUGCCGUCGAGGAACAGAAACAGAAGUUAAUGAAAUAUACAGAGGAAAAGAACAAUCAGAUCUUGGGUUACAACAACCAGCUUGCUGGUCUCCAGACUCGACUGGACAGAGCACAGAGUUCAGCUGUCAAAUGGGAAUCAAGAUGGACACACAUUAAAAACACUGCGGCCAAAAAGACACUUCUUCUCGGGAGAAUAAAAAUGGCAACCCAUAACUUGUUCCAGUUGGUCAACAGACAUCAGAAACAGGCUUCAGACGUGGCAAUUGAGGAGACAAAUGACCAACUGAAUAGGAUCCAACAGUUCAUUCAGGACUUGACACAGAUCACACAAGAAAUCAAGAGAUCUGAAGCUCUUGCGCAAUCCACUGCUGGUGCUUCUUCAAGUUAGAAUAAAAGAGAGUAUCAGAUGUUCCAUUUCUUGUCAUUUUGACAAUUUUUAUGCAAGACCACAACAGCCUUCAAGGGGGACUAUAGGCAGGAGCUGGGGGUUUAAACUGGUACAAAGUUGAAAGAAUGGGUAAUGUUUGAUUCAAUGAUAAAUAUGUUGUUUGUACAUGUACAAGCAUGUGUGGUGAGGUUGGAGAUUGGAAAUGCCUGUCAGAAACAUUAUGACGUGAAUCUGGCCUGCCGAGCAACCGCCUGUAGUUUCUGUUUAAUAAAACUCUUGUAUUCCAUCCACGGUUUUCGCUUUCACUAAGUUUUGUAUUGACUUUCUCUAGUUGAUUGACGUGGUGGCUCUAUUAGUGAUGUUUUGCAAUGUUUUAUACGUAAGCUUUGAAUAUCCUUAUGAAGUAUGCUCGUCUGGUCAGACAUGAUGGUGCAUUUCUGUGGAUUGGUUUUCAUUUCAUGUUAGAUAAGGGCCUAUUGUUAGUACAAAUCAAGUAAAAAUGACUUUGCUAACUAUGCAUGGAGUUAAGUUUAGUCCGUCCAAGAUGCAGGUAUCAUUUCCUUAUGAAUGUUUGCAAAUUGCCAAAUAUUUUUGCCCCCAAUUCGCAAAAAGUUCUAAAAAAAUGAGUUUUCACAAUAUUUAUUUUGGUGGAUUACAAAAUCUCUUUCAGUUUUUCAAAUCAAAAACAAAAUCUGCUGAAAUAAGUCUCCAGCAAACAUUUGGCAGUUUUCAAUCUCGUAACUGUACAUUAUUUUGUAUAUACAAAGAAGAUUAUAUAUCUUUGAUGUAAUGACUUGUUGAA